GUGGACCAAAUCAAUAUGGACAGCACCAGUUCACUGCAUGGCAGCAGCUUCCAUCGUCCUUCUACUGAGCAAACGCGGACAGAUUUCUCCUGGGAUGGUAUCAAUGAGUUUGGAGGAAAUGUAUCUAUCAUUUUCAGCCGUAUACAGAAGUAAGGCGAUUUUUACUGACCCUGAGGGAAAUGAUCAGAACCAGUUAACUUCAGUUAACAAUUAGAAGAAAAAACAAGCAAACAUUUUAAUAAUACAUGUUCCCUGUUGCUCUUAAUACCUACACCAUAACAAAAUGUGUUGUUGUUUUUUUUCCCCCACUAAUACAAAACCAGCAUCCUGAAAAGGGAAUAAUGUUUAUUAUUGUUACCAAACUGUUCUUCUCUAGAAGAUUAAAAAAGGUGUUCAAACAGAUUAGCUUUGCUAGUUUUGUACUUUGAAAGGAAGAAUUAGGGGUACAUUUUUGGUAGUGUAAGCAUUUUCAAAACCCUGAUGCUUUCAAAAGUUUAAAAUGGGUUUUCUGUGAUUUGAGAGCACUUAAGUCACUUAAUAGCAAGGGGACGUAGGUUUUUAACCAAUCCUCAUCCUACUGACAGCUCAUUCACUGUGGCACUUAUAGCUUGGGAUCUUUUGCCUAGGCUCAGCUAGAGAAAACGUUUGUGGGAAAAUUGCAGUGCAUGCAGCAACUGUCUGGAAUAAAUUUGUCAGAUUUUUCCUCACUGUGCUUCUGCCUAGCUGAGAGCAAGGUACACGUGGUCAUGUUUCCUUAAAGAUAAUGGAAGACAAUUUCCUUAUUUGCAAUUUCUCAUUUUUGCAAUCCACUCUGAAUCCAUGGCACUCUUUCUCAAAGUGCCUCUUUCUCUUCCUCAGUGUAAUUCUGUAUACCUUCUUUGAUGUCAAAGCUGGCUCAUGAGUUUACUUCUCUUUCUUUUCAUUCUUGCCUUCAUGCCGUAGCUGUCCGGCUUUGGAGUGGUAGAGACCACCUGCAGAGACCUGUUCUAGGUUGUUUUCAUGAGGUGGCUCAGUGCAGUCCCCAGCUCUUUUGAAACAAAUGGGUAGAUAAUGAACAGCAGUACCUAGGCAGGAAUGACUAGAGGUGGCAUAGCCUGACUUUCUUUAACCAGCUUUACCAUCAAAGGAGAUGCACCAUGGGACAAGGACUAUGUUCUCUGCUACACCUUUCAAUUUUUACUGUUCUUCUCUCACUUUCUGAUAGCUUCAGCUCAUGUGUUACACACACACAUUCUUGGCUGCAAAGUUACAGGAUACAUCAACUACUGCAUUUACACUCACUUUUCAGGGAAACUUGCCUCUCUUAGCUUAGCAAUUGGCAGAGAUUAUAUGCAGUUCAGAAUCUUUACAUUACCUUUCUUUGCCUCUAACUACUUUACUGCCUAGUUACUGCACCUCUGAGUUUUCCUGAGGCCUGUGCCUAUGACCAAAUAGUUGCUGUAUGUCAGGAUUUAGAAUUUUCCCUGUCGUGGUCACUUCUUUUGAAUAUGUUUGUGUUUGGAUGCCCAGUAUGAGCAUGAUGGACUUGAAAUGAAGAGCAGAAGCAAUGCUUGUUUAGCCCUUAUGAAAAUAUAGUCUCAAAUGCAAUGCCCAGAAUCUUUGGAGGAGACUAUUGAAUUAAUCUUGAGAGAUUGUGUUCUAUGAUGUUUGUGACUGCUGCCUGUACUUGUUAUUCAGAGGCUGAGGAUGAACACAGAGAAGAGAGUAAAGGGAAUUUAGUAGAAUUGUAGAUCUCAUUUCCAUACUGGCAUGAAUGAGGAAGAACACACUGGUAAGGUCACGUUCAUUUUAAGACUAUGUAAGAUACAAGAGAAAGUAAAUACUAAAACCACUACAUAAAAUAAUAUCUGUAAUGUGAUGCCUAUUUGUGUGUUUUGUUUGUCGCAUUGUCAGCUCUCCACUGUAAGCUUCCUGAAUUGUCCAUCAACCGUGCAUUGCCUUUCAGAGAGCUGGAACAGGGCAGCAUGUCCAUGGAGGAUUGGAAGCAGCCAAAGGGAGGCUUCUCACAACCUGAUUCUAUCUCUGCCACUGACCUUACCUCACUCAGUACCACAGGAUAUCCCGCAGCAUGAAGGACCACGUCACAAAGCCAACGGCUAUGGGCCAAGGCCGUGUGGCUCACAUGAUUGAAUGGCAAGGCUGGGGUAAAGGUAACAGCCAGCAGCAGCAGCAUACGCAUGAGACAGCUCGCAAAGAUGCUGAUGCCUACUCAGACCUGAGUGACGGUGAAAAGGAGGCCCGGUUCCUUGCAGGAGUGAUGGAGCAAUUUGCUAUAUCAGAGGCGACUCUCAUGGCCUGGUCCUCCAUGGAUGGUGAGGAUGUGAGUGUAAACUCAAAUCAGGAGAAUCCCGCGGGCAACUACUCUGAGAAUUAUCAGGAACUAAUGGAGAGCCAAGAGCACAUGGCCCAGACGCAGUAUGAUAGCUGGCCUCAUUCCUACGUCUCACAGGGCAUGUAUUGCUUAGGUUCAUCUGAUGCUUGGGAGACCAGUGAUCAGUCCCUCAUCGCUUCCCCAGCAACUGGCUCCUACUUAGGCCAGAAUUUUGAUGAGUCGCAGACAAACCUACAGGAAAGUAUUUUGAUUCAGAGCAGCCUUCUCCAGCAGCAACAGCUGCAGCAACAGCUGCAGCAACAGCAGCAGGAGCAAAACUUCAUCCAGAGCACGGGGCUGGUCCAUGUGUGGCCCCUGCAGACUGCGCAGGGUGGGAGUGGGGCUGAAUCCAGCACUUAUGUGGAGGACCACCUUGAGGAUAAUGGGAACCCACGGCUGGAGAAGGCUCCUCUCCUAAACAAGAAGCCCUCUCCAGAGGAGGAUGAUGUAGUAUGCCGGGACCUGGAAUCACUGUCUCCUCGAGAGGAGAUGGAACAUGCUGCACUGAGCCGCAAAGUCUCUGAUGUUACCUCUUCUGGGGUGCAGUCUUUUGAUGAGGAAGAAGGAGAAACAAACAACUGAUACUUUUUGUUAAAUUCUCAUCACUGCUGAACAAAGAGUGGGGUGGCAAAGAAUGAAAUGACAGGGAUUAUUCUCUCCAGCUCUCCAUACUUCCAAGCAGACACACUUUCAGUUUCUGACAUUCAAUUAUUUUUUUAAACAAGAGGAAAAUCUCAAAGUGAUUGACACACGAAGACCUCUUCUUUCCCUCUACCAUGGACGCAUAUUUUCAAUUUUCAUUGCUCUGAGCAAUGCACCUGAGGUGCUUGGAGAGAUCUGGAUUGGUAAAUCAUUUCUAAAUCUUCUAAAUGCAAAGUCUUGGCUCUGGAUACAAACUCUUCUGGUUAUAGGGAUGUGGCUGAUGAGAUAGGCUUGAUAUAGGGAGUGGCUUCGUGGCUAGAAUCCAUCCUGGCAGAAUGGAUAUUACUUUGUGGACAUGAUACUCUUUCAUAGAAUAUAUGAAUAUAGACUGUUUUAAAAUGAAGAUAUGGCUUUACAAAUAUAGAUUGCACUAGUAUAGUGAUUGUGGCUGCUACAGAGAAUAAGGCUGUAUUCAAUACAGACUGUACUGAGAUGAGGGAUUCACUGUGUAACCAGAUCCUCAACAGCACCUUGAUAUGAAAUUGUAGGCUUAGUGGAUACAGACUGCGCUCCACGGGCACGGGCUGUGCUGCAGUACAGAUGGUCUGGCUCUGUGUGCAUGGCUGUACUGUGGCAUGGAAGCAUGAGUGCAGAUAUGUAUCUAACCCUGCUCUGAGAUACUCAUUCUUCGGUUUCUUUCUGGUCUUUCAUUUAUUUGUUUCUCUUCUUGACAUUUCUAUCUUCCCAGGAGCUGGCAGGAGUGCUGUGUCCUUUUGGCAUUGGGCACCGAAUGCCAGUAGAAAGGACUUUGUCAGCUACCGAGUCAGUCACCAAAAACUGACUCUUGUAGGGGGCUUGAGAACAUGUCCAUCUUGGUGCUGCUGCAGCAUCCUUAUGUCUUUUCCUUUGCCAGCAGCAUUGGCAGACCAAGAGAGUCUGCAGAUCCAGGAAUAGCAUGUACAGCUAUGAAAUCACAGAUUUCCAGUUGACACUGGAAUUUUCAGUUGUUGCUUUUUUUUAAAAAAAACUUUUUAUAUUGCUGUUUAAGUGUUCCUAAAAAAGCAGUUAGUGGUGGUGAAGGCCUAUACUCCUGUUGUUACUUAUUAUAAAUACUGCACCUUUCCCAUUUCUGCCACUCCUGCAGUGCCAAACAUAGACAGAGGAAAGGGGCUAGAGACAAAGUUUCUUCCUGUUUCUUUCUUCUACUUGCUUAUAUUUUUGUCUUUUGUUUUCCUACCUUCAGACAAUGUAAAUAACAGUCAACGCCUGGUCUGUUUCUUUUUCCAUCUCUGCUCUUUUUUUAGGAGUGGAGAAAGCUGAUUUUGGAAUUUUUUUCUUUUUUUUUUUCUUUGUUAAAAAAAUUGCAGUUUGUUGACUAGUGGGAAUUUGGUCUCUCACAGUUCCUCACUAUGUUUCUAUGGACCUCCUUUUGAAGGGGAAGGACUUUGUAAGGUAACUGAAAAACUGUCUCCUCUUAAGCUUUCACCAGGAAACAAAUGGGAGCAUAAAUAAAAGAAAAAAAAAAUUGUACAAGGCUAUUGAUUUUGCUAGAGGGCUGAACAGAACAGUGGAAAUUGCACAUGUUGUUUUAAUUGCAAUAUCUCUAGGAAUGAAGCAUCAGCAAAGCAUGGGUUUAGAUAGGAUACUAGAUCUGAUGAGCUAGAGGAAGGAAUUUGCCUGGACACUGCCAUACUGUGCCAGGGGCAUCUCUUUCCCACUUUCUCUGAUUCAUACCUACUCUGUUCAAUUCAUGUAGUGUUUGUCUCUUCUUUGCCUCCUCUUCAGGCUUGUAUUUUUGGAUAACAGGAGAAUGAUAUGUGCUCACUUCCUGAUUCAGCUUUAGACUCAUCAGGAAUGUCUAUGGAGAGUGAAAUGGGACCAAAAGAGCAUCGUUAGACGUCAGAGUUCAGACAGCUCCUGGCGAGCAAAGUAGAUUAUGUCCAGGAAUUAUGAAAAGUACAAAUGGGACUCUCAGGUAAAACUUUAUCCCACUCAGCAUUCUCUCACAUUGGCAGCUGUACAAAGAGGGAACUCUUAUGAACUCCCAGGUCUUUCCAGCCCUGACCAUUUCAAGAGGAUCUGUCUUCCCUCUGUGUUGUUCCUCUAAAGGAAAGGACUUCUGGGAUUUUUAAGUAAGAUUGAUAAUUUGGUGUAGGUAAGAGAUAAAAACUUUUGUGACCAUUUUUCUUAGUCAAUUUCCUUGGGCUUUCUUAAAUCUGUUUUAGGAGGUAGCUCUUCUCCUGAAUGAUGGGCUUUCAAUUUCUCUGUGCAGAUGUUUACACAUUCAAGUGCUAACUUCCGCUGGGCAGCAGCACUUGUUGAAGAUGACUUGCAGUUCUUUCAGGGUCAGUGCUAGCUCAUUUUCCUGAGCUGACUUUGAACUAGUUGUGGAUCGGAGCCCAGGAAAUCACGCUAACCAGAGCAGGGGACAGGGCAAGUGCCAAGGGCACCUCAGCAGAGGACGAAUGAGCAAGUGUUAAUCUUCUGUUACUUCUUUUUUUUUUUUUUUUU